AUGGCGCCAUUGAUCAUUUACGGCGCAACAGGAUACACUGGUCGACUGGCCAGUGAGAAUGCCAAAGGCCUCAAUCUGGACUUCUCGAUUGCAGGCAGAACAAACCAGAAGCUCCGAAUGUUGGCAUCUUCACUUGAUGUCCCCUAUUCGGUUUUCGAUGUGAACAGCCCUGGUCCGAUCGACUCCGCAUUGAGAGAUGCCUCUGUUCUGCUCAAUUGCGCCGGACCGUUUAUGCGCACAGCCAAACCGCUCAUGGAGGCAUGCAUACGAAAUAACGUGCACUACCUCGAUAUUUCCGCAGAGCUGGAGAGCUACCAACAAGUAUACAGCCUGGACGAAGACGCAAAGAAUGCCCAAGUCAUGCUUCUACCCGGCUGCGGCGGGAGCGUUGCAAUGCUAGGUUGCCUGGCGGCUCAUGCUGUCGAGGCUAUCCAGAGUCCCAUCACAAUCGACAUCGCCUUACACGUCGCCGGUACCAUGUCCCGCGGCUCAGCAAUUAGUGCAGCCGAGAACAUCACAGGGGAGUGCCUCCAGGUUGUCAAUAGCACAUUCGCGCCAAAGGAUGCGGGCGAAACCAGAGAAUUCAAUUUCGACGAUGGCACCGGAUAUGUCACUCCGUUUCCGGUGACAUUGCCAGAUCUUCUUACCCUGCAGCUGUCUGCGAAUGCCCCCAACAUCAGAACAUACGUUCACGCCAGCGGUGCCAGCUUCCCAACCGGGGAUCUUCAGUCAUUGCGUCUGGGCCCAACGGAGGCCGAGAGGGAAGCAUCGCCAUAUAGCGCAGCGGUCACCGUCACGUCCGAAGACGACAUUCCGCGAACUGCCGUCCUCCACACAGUAAAUGGAUAUACCUUCACAGCGAUGGCGUCCGUACAGGCUGCAAGGCGAGUCCUAGAUCAUCAGGUCAUGCUCAAGGUCGGCUUUCAGACGCCUGUCCAGGUAUUCGGUAAACGGUUUAUUCAUUCUGUGCCAGGAUCUGAGAUUCGGGGACCCUAUCCUAAAUGA